GCGGGCGCGGGGCAGCCCAAGAUGGCGGCGCUGGGGCUGCUGCUGCAGGCGGCGGCGCCGCUGCGCCUCUGCCGCGGCCCCCGCGGGCCCUGCGCGGGCCCCCGCGGGCUCUGCUCGGCCUCCCGCCCGCCCGCCGAGCCCCGCCGGGACGAGGAGGACGAGGAGGAGCCCGAGGCGGCGCAGGAUUCCAGAGACCUACUAAAGGAAUUUCCACAGCCUAAAAACUUGCUCAACAGCGUGAUUGGCCGAGCCCUGGGCAUUUCCCAUGCAAGGGACAAGCUGGUGUACAUCCACACGAACGGGCCAAGGAAAAAGAAAGUCACUCUCCAUAUAAAGUGGCCAAAAAAUGUGGAAGUGGAGGGCUAUGGGACCAAGAAGAUCGAUGCGGAGCGGCAGGCGGCGGCUGCAGCGUGCCAGCUCUUCAAGGGCUGGGGCCUGCUGGGCCCCCGGAACGAGCUCUUCGACGCGGCCAAGUACCGCCUGCUGGCCGACCAGCUGGGCUGCCCCGACGAGCGCUGGUGCUCCGAGGGCAAGUGGCGCUCCAAGUCCGGCCCCUCGCUCGCCGACCUGUCCACGUGCUGGCGCCGCAUGGAGCCCGACGAUGCCAUCCAGCCCAUGGAGCAGGGCAGGGUGCCCAAAGCCAUGAGGAGGGAGGAGCUGGAGGAAGGGGAGCUGGAGGAGGGCGAGCUGGAGGAGGGCGAGCUGGAGGAGGAGGCGAUCGAUGUCUCGGAUUACCUGCCCAUGGCACACCAGGACGCCCGGACCCCGGGCAGAGAUGCCAGCCGAGGAGGGAGCUCCAUUGAGAUGACAGACGACAACACCGCCAUCCGUGCCCUGACGCAGUUCCCGCUUCCCAAAAACCUCCUGGCACAAGUGAUUCAGAUUGCAACCUCUUCCUCCACAGUCAAGGAGUACAUGCAGUUCCGCACGGUGGGCACCAAGACCAAGAUCUGCAAGCUGACGCUGCGCUGGCCCUGCCCCAUGACCUUCGCUGCCAAGGGCCGGCGCAAGGUGGAGGCCGAGAACAAGGCAGCAGCCCUGGCCUGUCAGAAGCUGAAGAGCCUUGGCCUGGUGGACAAGAACAACAACCCCCUGAGCCAUGCCAUGUACAACAUGACCUCCCUGCGGGAGCUGGGCGAGAACCAGAGGAAGCCCUGCCACAUCAAAGUCCCUGAGGCCACCCUGCGCAAGAUUGAGAACUACCUGAACCACUACCCCGUGGACAUCAGGGAGUCCCGGCCCCGGAUUGCUGAUGACAUGAUGAACCUGACCAAGGAAUCCGGUGCCAUCAGCGAUGCCAUCACGGGGAAGACCUACAUCCCCAUGCUGGAGGCAGAGGAGGUGCGCCUCAGCCAGAACCUGCUGGCCCUCUGGAAAAGGAGAGGAGCCUCGUGGCAGGAGAGCCACCCGCUGCCAGUGGACCCUCACAAGGACACCAUCCUGUCAGCCAUCGAGCAGAACCCCGUGGUGGUGAUAGCAGGGGACACGGGCUGCGGGAAGACCACGCGCAUCCCGCAGCUGCUGCUGGAGCACUACAUCCUGGAGGGGCGCGGCGCGCGCUGCAACGUGGUCAUCACGCAGCCGCGCCGCAUCAGCGCCAUCUCGGUGGCGCAGCGCGUGGCGCAGGAGCUGGGGCCCAACAUGAGGAAGAACGUGGGCUACCAGGUGCGGCUGGAGAGCAAGCCCCCUGCCCGCGGAGGGGCCCUGCUCUUCUGCACCGUGGGCAUCCUGCUCAGGAAGCUGCAGGGCAACCCCAGCCUGGAGGGCGUCAGCCACGUGGUGGUGGACGAGGUGCACGAGCGGGACGUGAACACGGAUUUCCUGCUCAUCCUGCUCAAAGGCAUCCAGAAGCUGAACCCCGACCUGCGCCUGGUGCUCAUGAGCGCCACGGGGGACAACCAGCGCUUCUCCCACUACUUUGGGGACUGCCCCGUGGUCAAGGUGCCGGGCUUCAUGUACCCGGUGAAGGAAUACUACCUGGAGGAGAUCCUGGCCAAGCUGGGCCGCCACCGGCACCGGCACUACGAGAUCAAGCAAUCCGACGACGAGUGCGUCCUUGACCUGGACCUGAUCACCGACCUCGUGCUGCAGAUCGAUGCCCACGGAGAGCCAGGUGGGAUCCUGUGCUUCCUCCCUGGCUGGCAGGAGAUCAAAGGGGUGCAGCAGCGGCUGCUGGAGAUGCUGGGCUCGCAGAACAGCCGCUACCUCGUCUUGCCAGUGCACUCCAACAUCCCCAUGAUGGACCAGCAGAACAUCUUCCAGAGGCCCCCGCCGGGCGUCAGGAAGAUCGUGCUGGCCACCAACAUCGCGGAGACCUCCAUCACCAUCAACGACAUCGUGCACGUGGUGGACAGCGGCACGCACAAGGAGGAGCGCUACGACCUCAAGACCAAGGUGUCCUGCCUGGAGACCGUGUGGGUGUCCAAGUCCAACGUGGUGCAGCGGCGCGGGCGCGCCGGGCGCUGCCAGUCGGGCUUUGCCUACCACCUGUUCCCGCGCAGCCGCCUGGACAAGAUGCCCACGUACCAGGUGCCCGAGAUCCUGCGCACGCCCCUGGAGAACCUGGUGGUGCAGGCCAAGAUCCACAUGCCAGAGAAAACGGCAGUUGAAUUUCUCUCCAAGGCUCUGGACAGCCCUGACAUCAAAGCUGUGGAUGAAGCCGUGAUCUUGCUGCAGGAGAUUGGAGUGCUGGACCAGCGGGAAGCCCUGACCACGCUGGGCAAGCGCCUGGCACAGAUCUCCACGGACCCUCGGCUGGCCAAGGCCAUCGUGCUGGCCUCCAUCUACCGCUGCCUGCACCCGCUGCUGGUCAUCGUGUCGUGCCUGACGCGCGACCCCUUCAGCAGCAGCCUGCAGAACCGCGCCGAGGUGGACAAGGCCAAGGCCGUGCUGAGCCGGGAGAGCGGCAGUGACCACCUGGCCUUCGUGCGGGCGGUGGCGGGCUGGGAGGAGGUGCUGCGGCGCAGGGACAGCCGUGCCAGGGACAACUACCUGCAGGACUACUACCUGUACGGGCCCAGCCUGCGCUUCAUCAACGGCCUUGUCAAGCAGUUCUCUGAGAACCUCUACGAAGCCUUCCUGGUGUCGUCCCCAUCCGACUGUACCAUGCCCUCGUCCGUGUGUAACCAGUACAGCGAGGAGGAGGAGCUGGUCAAGGGCGUCCUCAUGGCUGGGCUCUACCCCAACCUCAUCCAGGUGAGACAGGGCAAGGUGACGCGCCAGGGGAAGUUCAAGCCCAACAGUUACGCGUACCGGACCAAGGCCGGCACCGUGCUGCUGCACAAGUCCACCAUCAACAGGGAGGCCUCCAAGCUCUACAGCCGCUGGCUCACCUACUUCAUGGCCGUCAAGAGCAACGGCGGCGUCUUCGUGCGCGACUCGUCGCAGGUGCACCCGCUGGCCGUGCUGCUCAUGACCGACACCGACAUCCACGUGCGAGAUGACGGCUGGCGAGCGACCGUGUCCCUGACGGACAGCGACCUGCUGGUGCUGGAGGGGGACUCCUACACCAUCCGCCUGCUGCGCGACUUCCGCGUGUCCCUCUCCAAGAUGGUGGAGACGUGCCUGUGCUACGAGAUGGCCGCGAUCCCCGGGGACCUGCACCACCAGCACAGCCAACUGCUCGACAUCCUGGUGGAUCUGCUCAAGGGCCCUCCCGGCAGCUUCGGCUCGUAGGCGGAGCCGCAGCCUCGUGUGGGGACUUGUAAUUUGUAUAAAGAUGUUCACAAAUGUUUAUUUAAAUAAAGUUCUAUUUAUCCCUUGUGAA